UUCAGAAUUUUAAGUUUAUGUAUUUACGCAAUCUCAAAUUAUUAUCCAUUGAUAAUUGGAUUUAGAAUCGAGUAUUUAUAGAUAUUUAGUGAAUUCAAUUAUAUUUAUUGUGUAUACACAAAGAAAGGUACUGGUUCCUGUAAACCUGCACAUUAUAAUCUAAUUCUGCCACUGAUUUAUAGGACUCGUAAAUUGAUCCGUGGUGUCGUGGAUUUGAAUUCGAUACUCUUCAAACAAUUGUUGCUUAUUGAGAUAUCUUACAUGUUCUGAUUUUUUAAAAAGGAGACAAAAAUACUUCAUUUGGUUUAAAUGAUGGAUCUAUUCACAUUAACCAGUAAUUCGAGAGGCUAGUUACCAGUUUUGAAGGGGGAAAAACAGUAAAUCAAGGCUCUAAUUUAUUUCUUUCAAAUCAGAAAAUCAAAGAAAGGGUAAUAAAAUGUCUAAAGGGAUGGUUUGAAGUCUGUUUUGUUACAAAUCAGAUGCAAGUCCCUUACUUUUUGCCAUUUAUUUGGGUCCAACCAUAUGACCUGUAUGCUAUUUUCUUGUGCCGAAUACUUUUUAAUGAUUAUGAAACUUCUCCACCCCUAAUUUUUCAUCAUAUUAUUCUCCAUGAAUUUUUUUUAUUUGUGUUUUUAUGCUUCUGAGACAGUUUCAAGUUUAAGCUGAUCCUCGAGGCGGUUUUCAAAGCAGAGAUUGGUUCAUCUAAGGUUAGACAACACUUUACAAUUGUUUAUUUCUGAUUAUAACAAGAUGGCCACUUCUGCUGGGGAAAACUCUAAGGAAAGGUGAAAUUUUUGGUCCUCGUUUUAUCUUAUAUUUGAGGGACAACUUGUAUUUUGACCAACAUUUUGAUUUGGCUGUUAUCUUCUUGCAACAUUUCAUUUGAUUGCAAUGUGAAUUGAGAUCCAUUCCCUUGUUGCAUGAUUGCAAUCAAAUCAUCAUCUCCUAAUGACCAUUUGGAAAUUUGAUUAAAUUUUAAUUUCUCACACGUUUUGGAAGUUUUGAUAUGUUGAAUCUCUAAUUGAUGUAUCCCAAUUAUUUCUCAUCAUUCCCACACAUGGAUUUCGUGAAGUGCUUAUAUCUAUUCUUCCACUGGUUUUUGGUCGUCUUGUUUUCUUUCAUAUAGUAUCUUUAACGACUCUUUCCUACACCCAGAAGGAAGAAAAUUAAAGACUAGGUAGGCACAUUCCAUCAAAUUCAAUCUUCAGAGAAAUCAUUAUUAAACUAUGCUUACUCUUACCGUUAACCUAUUGAAAUCCUUCUCCUUUUUUCUGUGUUUAAAGUCGAUUAUAAUUUGGGAAACUCAAAUAGUGGAAUUUGUAUUCCAACCAGUUCAGUUUUCAGUGGAUUCAUCAAAAUUAGACUAUGUUUACUCUUAACUGUCAACCUAUAUAUUGGAACCCUUGUACUCUUUCAGGCUUAAAAUAUUGUAACGAUUCUUUUCUUUUUGAGAUUUUUGUGUGAUGGGGACCAAUAGAGCAUAUCUGAUUGCUGCUAAAUUUUGUCUUAAUUAGCAGUUCUUCCUCUCUAGCAAAGCUUGCUCCCCUUCAAGCUGUAUUAUUUGACAUUGACGGAACCUUAUGUGAUUCAGAUCAAUUUCACUAUCUUGCAUUCCGUGAAAUGCUUCUGGAGAUAGGAUACAAUGGGGGAGUGCCAGUUGAUGAGGAGUGGUUUGUCAAGACUAUUUCUGGGAAACACAAUGAUGAUCUUGUCUCUGUACUUUUUCCUAAUGAUCACGAACGGGGUGUAAAAUUCUUGGAUGACAAGGAAGCUUUGUUUAGAAGGUUGGCAAAAGAACAGUUGAAACCUCAAAAUGGUCUCUACAAGUUGAGAAAGUGGAUCGAAGAUCGCGGUCUGAAACGAGCUGCAGUUACCAAUGCACCUAGAGCUAAUGCUGAACUAUGUAUAAAUCAAGUUGGCCUUGCUGAUUUCUUUGAUGCAAUUAUUCUUGGAAGUGAUUGCAAGCAUGCAAAACCAUAUCCUGAUCCUUAUUUGAAGGCUCUUGAAGUGUUGAAUGUAUCAAAAGAUCACACAUUUGUAUUUGAGGAUUCUGUCUCAGGAAUAAAAGCUGGGGUGGCUGCUGGAAUGUCUGUCAUUGGCUUGGCGAACCGAAAUCCAUCUGAGUUACUUAUGGAAGCUAAGCCUGUUUUUCUUAUUAAAGAUUAUGAAGAUCCAAAGUUAUGGGCAGCUCUUGAGGAGAUUGACAAGAUGUCUGGCACCAGGAAGACCACAGCAUGAAGCAUAGACAAUAAGAGGUGAUGGUUCGGCAAAAAAAAAACUUACUCGUAUUCGAUGUUUAUACUAAGCCUUAUCGGUUUUACUAUCACUAAUCGACAGAUUGAGGUUAAAGUACACAGUAUGAAUUAACCAUGGUUAGCGAUAAGUGUAUGUGAAAGACACGUGUCAUGUACUUAUUGAGUUAACAUAAACAGUUAAACACCAUGUAUGAAAAAAAUUGUGAGGAACUUUUUGUUCUUA